UGCACGAUCGUUCCCUCUGCCUCCCCGGAAUUGAAAGGACAUCCGGAGCAGAACUAUUUCUGGUUCUUGUUUUUAACCCUCUAAAGGGUCUUGUUCGCUCACUAGAAUUCCAAGAACUCUUCCUUAACCAACAGAUUCUUCUUCUCUUAAAAAACUAUUCCCGGUAAGGGUAGGUUUAGGGUUUGGGUUUUUUAUUUGUUAAUUAACUAGUAAGGAAUACAGUUCUAUAAGAAGAUGUACGCUGAUCGAGAGGAGGUCGAAGCCAAGAGGUCAGUAAAAGACCGACUCAAUGGGACCUCCGUUGGUGAUACUCGGCGUCGACAAGUCACCGGCAAGAGGCAUAGGCAAGAUGACAAGUGGGAACAUGAUCUUUAUAAUGAUGAUGAAUCCCAAAUUUCAAAUCACAAGGUUGGGGCUCGAGAUCUCCGUUUGAAGCUCCAAAGGAAAAAUAUCCAACAAGCAUCUCAAAGUGGGCCUCUUUCAGGUGUGAGGGAUCUACGUGAAAAGCUGUCUGGCCUGACUAAUACACAAUUAGUGAACACUGAUCCCUUAAAGCCAAAACUGGAGGCUUUUAGACCACCCAAGAAAAGUGUAGCUGUUGAGGCCCCUGCAACAGAGGCCAAAAAGGCGACCAACCCUGCUUCUAAAAAGAAAGCUCCACAAAAGGCUGGUACAUCUGUGGAUGAAUUUCUGCACUAUUUGGAUCUCGAAAAGUAUCUUAUUACUUUUCAAGCCGAGGAAGUUGAUAUGGCGGCUCUACUGCACAUGACUGAUGAUGACCUCAAAGCUUUAGGAAUACCGAUGGGUCCAAGAAAGAAAAUACUUUUAGCAUUGGAAUCAAGAGACUGACAUCUGGGAGUAGAGCAGGUUAUUUGCCGGAUCUUCAUUAUAUCGUAAACAGGUAUGAAAUUGUUGGCUUAAGCUGGGGAAGAGGGUUCAAUGGGAAGAAUUUGCUGGUUUAUUUGACGAAGCUAUUUUUUUGGAUUUUUCCUGCACGUUGCUAGAAGUUGUCCCUCUGCUUUGAUGGCACAAUGGUAUAUACGUUCCAAAGUUCACGGUUCGACUCCACAAGGUAUUACAGAUUUUGACAUUUUAGGCACAAAACGUCAUGUAGUCGAACUUCCAAUUAGCCCUUGUCAGGUAUUAUAUGAACAAUGUUUGAUAUCUACGUGCGACCAAAUUGACUUAAAUUUUUAGUUAGAGAUCAUGAUACAUACAUUUUGUGCAAAUUAUUCUGCUGUUUGUUUACAUCUGAAAAUUACUUGAUAGCUCGGUAUAAACAUAAAGGAUAUUAAGUUCA